CUUGACUUUUUCACUCAACGCUCGUCAUUGUGACGUAAGAGCCAUGCUGGUUUCAGCCAAUCAAAACACGUCUUUGCUCAAACAUCGAUAUCAACUACUUCCCGUUUUGUCGCGCGUUGUCGUACAUUGUUUCUCUCAUUCAUUCAACUUUGCCGUCCAUUCACUGACAAAUCGUCUACAAUUUCCCGUACGUGCUGCUCCAGGCUUCCCGCACGUGACCGCUAUCCCAGCUGAAUGACUCGAAACGCGGGAAGAGGCAGGCAGUCUGCAUCGCCUCUCAAGAAAACAAUCCUAGAAGUUUUUAGGCGUCGAAAGUUUCGUAGACCGACUUCGCUCAGAAAACGCGCCAUUUCCGUUGGAAAACGCUGUUACACUGGGCACGAUUUCAGCAGUGGAACGAGCGAGGACGAGCGGAUGCCGCCUCAUCAGACAGACAAGCAGAGUCAUGCGCAGAAGACGGUCAUUGAGAGGUCUAGGAAGAGGAAACGGAGGAGUAAAUCGAAGGGUCGCGAGGGGACUAGGAGGCGAGAGAGAAAGGCGCUGACGGUGACGGAGGUUGUGAGGAAAGCGGAGAUGAUGAGCAAGAGUGAAUGCAAGACUACUAACCAAUUAGAAAAAGACGGUGCAAACUUUGCUAUUAUUGCAAACACAAGACUGACUCAACACGUGGGGAUCAUUGAUAAAGCGAGAAAAUCACAGAUGAUUCAUAGAUGUGGCAACGGGCAGCCACACAAUGUCUUCUCCGAGAAACCGUUAGCAACAACCCAUCGCAACGGUCAUGUGAACGAAAUGACGACCGAUGCCAAAAUCAAUGGCCUGUCUCCAGCAAGACCAUGUAGUGGAAACGAAGACUGCGGACAACCAAAUCUCAGCGACGUAGCCGCUCGCCUGCUAUCAUAUUUACAACCAAAGAGGCCAGACGAAAUAGCCUACGUCGACCGGCUAAAAUCGGAACUAAACACGAUGUUGUGCGAGCGCACAUGCAUGACGCCUCAACAGAGAAGACCGAGUCAAUCGCCUUCGCUUCAACCACGCAAACCAUCGCCCUCUCAGCGAGUCGAACGCAACCAGAACGACAACAUGGAGCAAUACACAGAGCCUACACCUGGAAACGACACACAAGAGCCCGUCGAGCCAAUAGAAGUAGACAAGGUGUGCCACCAUGAUGUUUUACCAGAGGAAAGGGGAAAGUCGGAAUUAGCCAAAUUGUUUGGAGAAUCCGAGGCAAAACCGAGGUGUAACACAAAAGUGGCCGCAUGUCAGACACAGUGUGAGGAAAAACGACUUUCCUUGUCGCAGCCGGAUACUAGACGCUCAUCCGGCCUAGGCAUCCAAAGACGCGAGAUUUUUCCGAGCUCGUCUGCGUUGAUGGAAGGUGCUAUCUCUUCCGGUCACAUAACGGAUCUCUUGGAUCUGUUGGACGAUCCGCAAAUGUGGAAUGGCGUUGGCUCGUCGGGAUGUGACCCGUUUGAUUACUCUCUGGGUUCUGUGGCGCAUGCGUGGUCGCUAGGCAACAAGCCGGUCUCCUUGAGUACUGAUAGUCCUUCUCCGGUCAAGUUGUAUCCGAGAAGACUUUACUAGAGUCGAACGGUUGUGUUGGGAGCAUAGAGGAAUGUUGAUCGUAGCAGAGCAUAGGCUAAUCUCAUGUUGUCUAACGAUUUUUCACUCCUGUGUGUACAGUGCGCAUGUGCGACUACCUAGACUGACUGCAAUGUACUUUGCAGUGCAUUUCCUCUCUUAGAAUGUAAUUUUUGUACAGUAUCUAAAGAUAUACAUAUGC